AUGUCCGCACCCCCACCACCUCGCUAUACAUUCACCAAUCAACCAGUCCAAGCUGUUCCCCCCGCAGGCCCCUCCUCAUCCACGACGACCUCAGCCAUAACGCCAGGACAUGAGUUUCAGGAGACUACAUCGGUAUGUCUCGAAUGGAGAUUGAUAGGUUUGAAAGCUAUGUACGAGAGUACGAGGGGCGAACAGAAAUCCAAAUGCAUCAAAUCUGCUGUGUUUGGAGAUGCAGAUAAUUUAUGGGAAGUACUGUGGUAUCCUAAUGCUGGAACUUCCACCCAGACGGCUGGUGAUCACGUUAGCUUGUACUUGUCUUGUGUGCCAACAGGUCAAGAGCGAGAUUCGUGCAUUCAGAACAAAUGGGUUAGAAAGGGAUUAUGGUGGUUUAAAUUCGAAAUACGACCUUUACCACUUUCCUCGACCGAGAACACCAAUAGAUCCGAUGCAUCUGAUCAUACCUUCGCAGUCAAAACUGCUAAUUGGGGAUGGCAAGCUUUUGCCAAACGAGAAGCCUUAUUUCAACAUCCUCAAGUACUCCAGUCAGAUAGUUUUAUGAUUGUUUGCACGAUUCAGGCUCAACCUCAACCUCCUGCUGGAGUAUGGCUCGGUAUUAAGAGGGUUGUACCCAAGGAAUUGGUCAGUAGUGUUGGUUCGUUGUUGGAUGACCCGCUAUACUCGGAUGUCGAAUUCGUCAUACCUCCUCGAAAAGGAUCGAGGUCCGCCCCGAGAAGUAUCUUCGCGAGCAAAAAAUUGUUAAGGAGGUGUGAUUAUUUCCAUGCGAUGUUCCACGGUGGAUUCAAAGAGGUUGAAGGGAUAUACGAAGAAUACGAUUCCGAUGAUGAUAUUUCGGUAUUGUCAGAUUCAGAUAUGGACGAUGAGAUGAUCCUCGCAGAGUCAUCUUCAUCGUACAAUGGAGAAGCAAAUUCUCGCUCUCAUGAUGUACAGUCCAGCUUGGCACCAGAUCCCGAUCGAGAACGUGAUUUACAUCUUACUACGACAACAAGUAGAAACUCCUCAAUCCGCAGACCAUCCAUUACAGCGAGAGAGGAUGAUACGUCCACGAGCAGCUCUUCCGAGGCUGUUCCUCACACCAAACAGGAAGCGGAAGAGGAAGAUGGUGCAGCAGUCGGUAAUGUCACUAUAGAAUCUGAAGAGAGCCAUCAACAUCAACAACCGAAAAAGGAUAAAGAAGAGAAAACAAAUGAUGAUACCGCUACUAAAAGGAAGGAACCUAGUUUGAUAAGUAGUACGAAUACCUCGAAUAGAUCUGGUUCAAAGCCUUCUACAUCUACCAGGAAUAAGCAGUCGAAAGUUCCUGUAGGACCGAAGAAGACAAGGGUGGUGAUUAGGGAUGCGGCUUGGAGUACUUGGUGGAAUGUCUUGUAUUGGAUCUACACCGAUAUAAUCUAUUUUGCCCCUCUAUCAUCCUCGUUCGAACAUCAAAUACCUCGUCGAUCAUCCUCUACAACCAUCAACAACGCUGGGAUCAAUCCUGUCAAUUCCACUUCGGCUGACGCUGAAAAUCCGAAAACUCGUUCAGAAUGGAUAUCAAGAUGGAUGUACGAGCGUGAUAUUGAUCCACCCCCACCUCCUCGAACCUCGUCAUCCUACACUGACGAUGAAGAUGAUGAGGAAGAUGAAGAUGAAGAUAUAUAUGUACUUGGACCCAGACCUGUAUCUGCCAAAGCUGUAUAUAGGUUAGCGGACAAGUUGGACUUGCCCGCGUUGAAGUUGAGGGCUUUCCAACAUAUCUGUGCAGGGUUGACGGCUGGAAACGUACCGGCGGAAGUGUUUAGUAGGUUUAGUAAUACCUACGAAGACAUCAGGAAGGUACAAGUCGCAUUCUUCCUUAAACAUUGGUCGGAAAUCAAAAAAUCAGACACUAUGACUCAAAUUUGGCAACAGAUUAGGAAUGGUAAACAUGUUGGUUUUGAAGAGGUUUGGCCUCUGAUCGUUAGUCAAUUGGAUUUCAGACCUGCUACUUCCUGA